AGAGCACGCGCCAUUUUGUGGUUAUUAACAAGCGAAUUGGCGGCCUGCUCAGAUGGUGAAAGUUGCCGUAUAUUAAACAAGAUAAUUUUGGAUGUAGGAUUUUUUUAUUUAAAGAAUUGAGCUGUUGAAUACAUUUUAAUCCUCAAGAACACCUCAAAGUUUGUAUACUUUAAAUCUUGUGUGCCGUUCAACGGGGUACGAGUGCAACCGGUGAACAAUGACUCAGUUCCUUCCCCCUAAUCUCUUGGCGCUGUUUGCACCAAGGGACCCAAUUCCCUAUUUGCCACCUCUGGAAAAGCUGCCUCACGAGAAACACCACAACCAACCAUAUUCAGGGAUUGCACCUUAUAUUCGUCAUUUUGAGGAUCCUCGUGAUGCUCCCCCUCCGACAAGAGCUGAAACGAGAGAGGAGCGUCUAGAAAGAAAGAGGCGAGAGAAGAUUGAAAGGAGACAAAACGAUGUAGAAGCGGAGCUCAAAAUGUGGGAUCCUCACAAUGACCCCAAUGCUCAAGGUGAUGCUUUCAAGACGUUAUUUGUAGCGCGAGUGAACUAUGACACCACAGAGUCGAAGCUACGUCGUGAGUUUGAGGUUUAUGGCCCUAUUAAAAGAAUAUAUAUUGUGUACAAUAAAGGCUCCGGCAAGCCUCGUGGUUAUGCCUUCAUUGAAUAUGAACAUGAGAGAGAUAUGCACUCUGCCUACAAACAUGCCGAUGGAAAGAAGAUUGAUGGCCGUCGAGUACUUGUUGAUGUGGAAAGAGGACGUACUGUGAAAGGUUGGCGCCCCCGCAGGCUUGGUGGUGGUCUUGGUGGCACACGCAGAGGUGGUGCAGAUGUAAAUAUCAAACAUUCUGGCCGAGAUGACACCUCACGUUAUGAUGAAAGGGAUAGAGAAAGAGAAAGAGGAGAACGGCGUUCAGAACGAAGCAGAGAGCGAGAGAAGGAACGUGGAGAGCGCCGGCGCUCUAGGUCCCGUGAGAGACGCCGUCGGUCCCGGUCAAGAGAGAGAGGCGGAGUAUUAGCUGCAGAGCGUGGUGGGGGGGCAGGUGGUUUGAUUGUGGGUAGCUCUGAAGAGAGUGGAAGCAGCCGUCGACGAGAAAGAGAGCGACCAGGUGUUGUGGCUGCGGGAGGAGGAAGCAGAGAGCGCAGUCGUGACAGGGAGAGAGGAGGAGCUGAUCGCAGCGACAGGAAGAGGAGAAGCCGCAGCAGAGACAGAAAGCGGGAGCGUGACAGAGAUCGUGGUACAAAAGAUGAAGGGAUACCUGAAGGUAAUUCAGUCAUGCCUGAUCUUAGUACAGGAGGGGAAAGUUUACAGGAUGAACACAACUCCUUGGCUUCUGCUGCUCCAGAAGUUUCCAAAGACGAUGGAGGAGAAGCUGUUGUGGGAGAGGAACGCAACAGAGAACGUGAAAAAGACAGAGACAAGGAUAGAGACAGGGACAGAGAUAGACGACGUAGCCAUAGAGAUAAAGACAGAGAGAGAGAGAAGGAUCGGGACAGAGAGAGGAGGAGAGAUAGGGACAGGGAUAGGAGUGACCGAGAACAUAAACGGGAAAGAGAGCGUGAGAGGGGUGAAAGAAAAGAUGAUAGGCCGCAACAAACGUCUCUGCCACCAUCAUUGCCAGACAACAAUGGUAUGGUUCAGCUUCCCAGGGAAUCGCAGCAAGAGGAGAUGGGUCAAGAUACAUUCAUGGAUCAGGAGUCUUUUCAGUCUGGGGAUGGUUACAUGUCUGCAGAAAAUGGUUACAAGAUGGAACCAACUGUAGAGGGAUAUUAAAAUUUCAUUUUGUUUUUUGCACUGUAGAAAUCUACAUGUUUAAAGGCUGUUGAAAUAUACUGGUCAUUGGCAAUUCUGCAAAUUUAAGCCAAGGCACUUGGUUACUGUUCAAUAAUUUUAUUUCUUUCUGCAUGAAUAGGGGAGCCAACUGUACUUAAUACAAAAGUGGAAUGUUUUUUGGACAUUGAGGAAAAAUGUUUCAAUUUUCAUACUGAAUAUGAGGAGUUCACUUUUCCAAGGAUGCUGCCCCUUUAAGGUUGAAUCAGUUUUAGAAAUGCUGUCCAUGCUUGUGGUAGUUAAAUGACCUGACAUUCAGUAUUUACUAACAUUUUGUGCAGUUUUUACAAAUUAAAAUCAAGAAGUCCAGCUGGGCUUUAAGGCAGCAAUUCUUCUAGGUGUGAAAGUUCAUCAUUAGCAUAGUAUGUCAGUCUUAAUGGGCCAUGGCAAAUUGCUGCCUGUUUGUGA